CCCGGUCACGCGUGGGGGGCCCUGGGGGUGUUGGGGGCCCAUCUCCCCUUGCCUGCCCUCCUCCAGGAGGAGGCCUGCGCCUGUCACCCGGCUCGGCGGGGGAUGAAGCCCGGCAGGGCGGUGCCGGCUGUGCCGGCGGAGCCGAAGCUCCGCAAGCCCUCGCAGCGGGCCAGGAUCCCGGCGUCCUUCUUCGCCCACCCGGGUGGGGCGGCCGAGCCAGCGGACAUCCCCGGGCCGGACCCCGCGGAGGCGGACGCGGAUUCCCUAGUGCCCACGCACGACGAGUGGGGCCGCCCCAUCCCGGAGUGGAAGCGGCAGGUGAUGGUGCGGCGCCUGCGGGCGCGGCUGGCAGACGAGGAGGCAGCGGUUGGCCAGGAUGCAGGCUCCUGGCGCUUCUCGCCCUCCCGCCAGGCCGUGCUGGGCCCCUUUGGGGAGCUGCUGACCGAGGCAGACCUGCAGCAGCUGGAGCGGGCGGUGGAGAGCCUGCGGCUGCGGCGGCGGGGCGAGGCGUACCAGGGCGAGCUGCGGCGCCUGGCGCGGGAGCUGCGCGCCCUCCUGCCCGCCCCGUUGCUCAGCAUCACGGUGCGCAGCCCCCCGCCCGCCCCCGGGCAGCCCCUGCCCCUCUGGUGCGGCCGUCUGGCCGGCGCCGUCAGCAGCCUGGCCGCGCUGCUGGCCCACGCCGAGGGGGCGCGGGUCGCCUCCCCCGCCGCCGCCGCCGCCGCCCCCCCCGCCUACGCGGGCUGGCAGCCCCGGGAGCCGGGGGGCAGCCUGGCCCAGCGGGAGAUCCGGCAGUGCGGGGUGUGUGUCCGCAGCCUCCGCGGUGCCUUCGAGCCCGCCUGGGGGGCGGCGGAGGGGAAGGCAGCCGCGGGGAGCGUUCUGGAGGCCGCCAGCGACUCGGGCAUCAGCUGCGAGGAGGCGUUUUCCGACGGCGGCGGCGGCGGCAGAGGCGGCGGCUCCCCGGGGCCGGAGUGGGGCAGCCUGAGGAAGGAGCGGAUCGUGAUGCUCUUCCUGAGCCACUGGAGACGGUCUGCCUACGGGCCUCCCCCUCCGGCCGCCGGGGACCCCCGGGAGGCGGCAGCGAGGACCGGGGGCGGGGGGGCGGCGCGCCUGGCGCGGCAGCGGGCGGCAAUCCAGCGGCUGCUGUGCAGCUGGCGCGACGCCGCCGCCCGCCGCCCCCCGCCGCCCCCCGCCGCCCCCCGCCGCGGCCCGCUGUCCCCGGAGCAGUUUGUCGCGAGUGCCGAGGGGGGCCCGGCCGACUACGAGAGCCUGUCGCUGGAGCUCUUCAUGCUGGGCUAUUUCCGCAUCCUGGAGCAGGAUCUGCCCCCCGAGGAGCGCCGUGGCCGCCACCUCCUCUGCUUCGAGGUGUUCGAGCAGCUCGGCCGGCACGGCUGGCGGGCAGUGCGCGCCUUCCACCGCGCCGUCACCGACGAGAUCGCCGCUGGCCGGCGGGGCUGGCAAGACAGCUUCGACGACAUCAAGGCGAGUGCCGGGACCGUGGCCGCUUCCCUCCCAGUAAGCCGGCUGGAGGGCUGCAGACGCCAGGGCCCCGCGGCCAUCCCCAGCACCAUGGUGAGGAAUGUGGACGACUUUGACUUCUGCCUGCCUUCGCACGCCCAGGGCGUGCUGGAGGGGCUGCAGCAGCUGCGCACCAACCCCAAGCUGGCAGAUGUGACGCUGGUGGCGGGUGGGCAGGAGUUCCCCUGCCACCGCAGCAUCCUGGCCCUCUGCAGCCACUACUUCCACGCCAUGUUCUCCGGCGACUUUGCUGAGAGCAUUGCGGCGCGGGUGGACCUGAAGGAGGUGGACCCUGGUGCGUUGGAGAUGCUGCUUGACUUCGCCUACACGGGGAAGGUUACCAUCAACCAGGGCAAUGUGGAGGACCUGAUGAGGACCUCCAGCCAGCUCCACUUCCCCACUAUCCAGAAGGUCUGCAGCCGCUACCUCCGGCAGCAGAUGGAUGCCACCAACUGCCUAGGUAUCUGCGAGUUCGGUGAGAGCCACGGCUGCCCUGAGGUCUCCUCCAAGGCCUGGUCUUUCUUGCAGGAGAACUUUGAAGCCGUCUCUCAGCAGGAGGAGUUCCUCCAGCUCUCUAAGGAGAGGUUGGCCAUCUACCUCUCCAACGACCAGCUGCAGGUGCAGGAGGAGCAGAGUCUGGCUGAGGCUGUGCUGCGCUGGGUACGCCACGACCCAGGGUCCCGAGCCCAGUUCCUGCCCGAGCUGCUGGAGCUGUCCCACCUUGUCUCACUGCCUGACCAGUACCUGCAGAACCUGCUUGCCACUGAGCCUCUUGUCCGUGACUCAGAUGCCAGCAAGGCCCUUGUCACCCGAUCCCGCGCCACGGGGCAGGGCACUGCCGGUGCCCAGAAGAACACUCCGACCCCACCACAGAAGCUGGAGGAGGUGCUGGUGGUGGUCGGUGGCCACGUGCUAGAGGAGGGUGAGCAUGAGGACAGGGGGUUGGAGAUGCCCGCCACCACCAGGAACUUCGCUUUCUACAACCCCAAGAGCAGGCGAUGGAUGGCUCUGCCUGACUUCCCUGAUUACAACAAAUGGGGCUUUUCCCUGGUGGCUCUGAACAAUGAUGUAUACGUCACAGGCGGCUCCCGGGGGUCCCAGAAUGACACAUGGUCGACGACCCAGGCCUGGCGUUUCUGCCCCAGGGAUGGCACCUGGAAGCCCAUUGCUUCCAUGCUGAGAGCCCGGACAAACCACACCAGUGCUGUCCUCAAUGGCGAGAUCUACGUCAUCGGGGGGACAACGGUGGAUGCGGUGGAGGUGGAGCGCUACGACCCCUACAACAAGAGUUGGUGUGCCAUCGGCCCAGCCCUCAAAUACGUGAGCAAUUUUGCGGCCACCAGCUGCUUGGGCAAGCUCUACCUGGUGGGCUCCUGCGCCAUCAAGUACAGCGCGCUCACCCUGCAGUGCUACAACCCGGUGCAAGAUCUGUGGAGUGUGAUCACAUCCCCCUUCAUCCCCAAGUACCUCUCGGCCCCGCGCUGUGCCACCCUGCGCGGGCUCAUCUACCUCAUCGGGGACAACACCAAGAAGGUCCAUGUGUACAACCCAGAGGCCAACAUCUGGCAGAAGGUGCAGCUCCUGCACACUCUCCACGAGAAUGGCGGGAUGGUGCCACUGGGUGACCGGCUCUUCGUCACCGGCGGCCACUGGAAGGGCAUGGAUGGGGACUACCGGGUGGAGAUGGAGGUGUAUGACUGCGCCAAGGACCUCUGGACGCGGGAGGGCUCCCUGCCCUGCCCCUGGCUCUUCCACAGCUCCUCCUCUGUCUUCAUGGACACCUCCAAGUGGACAGAGGCUUUCCAGGGUGACCAUGGGUGGUAGAGGAGCCUACAGCAUCGCCUAUCACCCUGCACAGCUGCGCUCCCCUCUGGCCUCUCUCCCCGCUGCCGGUUUAGCUCUGCGGGGGGGGGGAGAAGGAAACCCCUCUGCCAGGCUGGCUGGGGCAUCAGGAGCAUGUUCCCUUCCUGCCAUCACAGGGAAAAGGCUCUUUCUUAGGCUUUUCUUUA